CACGAAUCCAAUCCAAGUUUGCAGCUUUUUUUGUGGUGUUUAGGUUUUGGGUGUUGGCGUGAUGUUGGCAUGUUCGGUUUAAGAAGCUCUGUCAAGCGACCUGUUAACACUGCAGUUAAAUAAUGCACUAAUAAUAUAUCGUUCGAUAUUUUUUGUCAUACUGCAGUGUAUGGUGUUUUACAAAGUUACUUUGCUGUUCAACGUGGUUUCUUCAAUGUGUUAGAUCACAUGCCUGUUUCCACUUGGAACAGUGCGACCAUACCACACAUGAACAUCCAUGAAGAAAAACAAGACUGCCACGCGCCUGCUAAUGUGACGCAGAGCAUUCCAUAUCGCGCGAGCUCGUUCAUGCUCAGCUUCGAGACUAGCAACCAUUAAUAAGCGCCCGUGCUACAAAAGUGUCAAAGUUUUUUACUAGGCAUAAUGUUCGCGAAACUCAAGAAGAAAAUCGAAGAGGAAAACCAAACGGAAAUAAAUAUCGGCAUUCCAGCUGACUCCUCGGGCCCUACGCCGACGCACACUCGACGAGGGACAUCGGAAAAUAGUGUGUCAGGUACUCCCAUAUCUGGCGCACGCACUGAGACACCAGAUAGCGACAAAGAACAGCGAAUAAAGAAAAGACUACUGAGCCAAGACAGUCCAACUGCAAGUGGUGAAACCAGGAAUGCACGAGAUAGUUCAACAAAGGGAUCAGAGCCACCUCACAACUACCAGGAGCUGUGUCGCAGGCUACAACAAGUUCAAAAGGCAAAACAGGAUGCAGAGGCUGGCCUCCUCCAAGCAGAAAAGAAGAUCGAACGGCUGGCCAGUCAGGCAGAGAACCGGGAGGAACUGGAAAGCUUCCAGAGUCAGGAGAUGGCCAAGAUAAAGCAUUUGCUACUGUGUAGCCAACAGGAUGUACGAACCAUGGAAGAAAAGUUGAGGCUACAGGAGGAGGAGUGGCGGCUCUCGCGGGAAGAAGUAGCUCGCCUCCAAACGCAGCUGCAGCAGGAAAGGCAGCAGGUGCCAAAGGACCUUGUAGCUGAAAUGCAGGCGGAAAAGGAUGCUCUUAUUCAGGAGGUGGACAUUCUCAAAAAAGAAGCAUUGCAGAGCUCCAACCGUAUUAGCCAAUUGGAGAGCACACUAGGGAACCUUACGGAUGAAUAUGAUGGACUCAAGCAUACCCAUGAUGUCUAUAAAGCAAAGGCAGCUGUCCUUUCUGAAGAAACAAAUUCCGUUGUUGCACAUCUAACUGAGAAAGUGAAGAUACUAGAGAAGAGAUUAGAAGACCAUUCCCUCACUGGAGAUGAGCAAGUUCAAAGUCUAAUUCAAGAGAGACGAUCCUUGGAGACUAAGCUUGAUGAGGCCAGGCAACAUUUGUCAGAAGUUAAGAGCUCCUGGAGUGAGAAAAUAAAUAGCCUCGAAGCGCAGAUUUUGAAUUUGAACCACAAAAUGGCAGACGACGGCCAGGAAUGCUCACGGCUAGAGCACGCCCUAGCUGCAGCCGAGCAAAAAAUUAAGGAAUACGAAGAAUAUAAGUGGACAGUAGAAGAACAGCUUCAGACAAAAGAGAAGCAGAUAAUUGCUCUCCAACAAACCAGAGAGGAGGAGCUGGAGAGGCUACAGCGGGCACACAGUGAUCAGAUCGAAGAGUUGCGGUCUCAGCUGGCUGCAACGAAGGGCGACCUUGUCCAAGCACAUAAGGAAAGGGACAGGGCCAUGAGGGACGUCGAUGCCGGCAAGAACUCUCUGGCCACUGCUCAAACGGAGUUUGUGGAGAGAGAAAUUGAGAUGGAGAAGAGACUUGCUGGCCUCGAAAGCGACUGCAAGCGGUGGAAGGCUGAACUCCAGAAGAAGGAGGGCAUGUACCAGCUACGUACCCAGGAGUUGGAGUGCAGCCUCCAGAACUUGACAGAGAAGGUGUCAAAGCUAGAAACUGAAAAGGAGUGCCUUUCUAAAGACUUGCAGAGGCACAUGGCUGAAGUUGAUCAACUACAAGAAGCACUCAACCAGCAGAAGGCACAGUAUAUGUCACUAUCAACAGAGAAAGAUGCUGUUGCUCAUCAGCUGCUAGAGAUUCAGGAGGAGCUGCUUGCUGCAAAGGCAGCUCAUUCAGAAGCUGAACCUCCAGUCUCCAGCACCUCUGCAGAGGAGCUACAGAAGAAGGUGCUUGACCUUGAAGGGCAAGUGCAAGAAAAGAAUAAGGCCAUCCGCUUGCAACAGCAACGUAUUGCAGACAUGAAGAAAACCUUGCAACGGGAACUGAAAUUUCAGCAAGCCACCGAGCUCAGUGCAGCUCAGGCUAAUAACCAGGUAGCCGAUCGGACAGCAGCAGUGGGCAGCGGUGCAUCUGGGGAGGUCCCCUCGAGUCAAGUUCAGAGGAAGCUCGAGAAUGACAUAAACUUCAAGUACCUCAAGCAUGUUGUUUUCAAGUUCAUGACCAGCACGGAGUAUGAGGCCCAACACCUAAUUCGUGCAGUCUCGGUCCUGCUGCAUUUCACCGCUGACGAAGAGCACAUCAUCCGUCAGCAUCUGGACUGGAAGAGUUCCUGGUUCGGCAUGAGGCCACAUAACUCGCUCAACCAACCGUACGUUCCUCAGCAGCGCAGAAGUCAACAGCGCCACACGGUGGCAGGAUCAAAAUCACACUCCAAACACGGCCCAGGCUGACAUCAACAUUCCAAGAACUUAGCGCCGGGAACACUGUGUAGAGAUGUGUGCGUGUGUGCUUGCAGCUAUGCACUUCUUUUAGCAGUGUGCGGAGAGCGUGUUGACGUCCUUUUUCCCCCUCUCUUUUACAAGAUCAUGCUGCGGUUGUUCCUUAUUUAAUAACAAUAUUCACCAACGAUUUGGUCGGUGGUUCGUGCAGGUUAGGCCAGGCCUAAUCCAGAUACAUUUGACAUGCAGAAACAAAUUGAGGUUACGAUUUAGAAUACGCGGAAAUAAAAAAAUGAUGAAUAACUGCCAAAAACAUUUAUGUACAUGUACAAUCUACCACACAUUUUCAUAGGACUUUUUUUACAUUUUCAUAUCACGACAGAGGAAUGUAAUAUAAAAGUAAAUGACUGUUCUAUGCAGAGCGCCUUUCUUGAACGGUAUGAAAGUGACUGAACUAUAAUGUUGCUUUGGAAAUGUGAAUGAGGUGGCUUUCAUAUGAGCAACUGCAAGCCAUAGUCACUGCUACUGUCUAGUACAUUUGCUGCAACAUGUCAAUAUAUAUAUAUAUAUAGCUACCAAAGACACAUGCUUGCAGGACUUAUGUACAUUAUGUUUUACACUUUUAUUGCUGUAUUAAACACUGUUGGAUUGGGGAGA